AUGAAUAGCUCAAUCAAGCGUAUGAUACGUAAGAAACAGAAACUAUACAACAGAGCACGCAAAUCAAAUAGCCAAGCUGAUUGGAAGAAGUUUAAAGAUCUACGCAAAGCAACUAAGAAAAGGUCGAGUCUCGCACAUGAUAAGUACUUGUUGGACCUCCUAAAGACCGAUGACAAGGACCUUGAAACUCGUAAACCUACGAUGACCAAACAAUUUUGGACCUACAUAAGAUCAAAAAGGCAAGAAAAUGUUGGUGUCGCUCCCUUGGAGAUCAACGAUUAUAUCGUAUCCGACAGUCGAGAGAAAGCCAAUUUACUAAGUAAUUAUUUCAAGUCUGUCUUCACGAAAGAAGACCCCUGA